AUGGAGAGCUUUGGAACAAGGCAGAAACUUUCUAAGUUGAUUCUGGAAGUACUAGAGAGUCACUCUGUGUCCUUGAACAACCAGACCAAUGUAACAAAGCUAGUACUAUAUGGUUUUAGGACUACAGCUGUUUGUAGGGAGGACUGGCUGGAGAAGAGAAACCAAUCAGCGUUCGGGUGUUUUCACUCGCCUCGGGGCGACUCAGCUGCUCGCCGGAACAGGUUGUUGCCAGCCACUCGUCCUCCAACCCUCCUCCUGCUGCUGCUGUCGCGGGCCCUGGCCCUGACAGACGCCAGGGCGGGUGAGAAACCGCCUCAGCGUGGGAGGAGGGAGGGGGCCGCCGGACCCAAGCGCUGCUCCGCUGCCUGGCGCUCACCUCCGCCCCACUCACACCUGGGUCCCUACUCUUCUCCGACCCACUGCCCCUUUUCCGUCGCGCGAACCUCUCUCGCCCCCUGCCCUCUCGGGCGCCUCCACCUGCGCCCCGGGCCCCGCGGCGGGAGGAGAGUCGGGCGAGGUCUCAGCCCCUGCGCGCCCGCAGGCUUGCACUCCCUGCGGUAUUUGGGCACCGCCGUGUCCCGGCCCGGUCGCGGGGAGCCCCGGUACGUGGAAGUCGGCUACGUGCAGGACACGCAGUUCGUGCGGUUCGACAGCGACGCAGCGAGUCCGGGGAUGGAGCCGCGGGCGCCGCGGGUGGAGCAGGAGGGGCCGGAAGAUUGGGACCCGGAGACGCGGGACUCCGGGACCUGCACACAGACUCCGGGGAAGCUGAACGAAGUGCGCCGCCGCUACAACCAGAGCGAGGCAGGGUCUCACACCUUCCAGAGAAUGAUAGGUGAUGGGCGCCUUCUCCGCGGGAAUGAGCAGUUCGCCUACGACGGCGCGGGUUACAUCGCCCUGAACCACGACCUGCGCUCCUGGACCCUGAACCACGACCUGCGCUCCUGGACCUCGGCGGACACGGCGGCGCAGAUCGCCCGGCGCUAGUGGGAGGCGGCGGGUGAGGCCGAACACUACGGGAACUAUCUGGACGGCGCGUGCUUGGACUCUCCGCAGCACCUGGAGAACGCGAAGGAGACGCUGCGGCGCGCAGAACCCCCCAACACACGUAUGAUGCACCGCAUCUCUGACCAUGAUGUCACCCUGAGAUGCUGGGCUCUGGGCUUCUACCCUGCGGAGAUCACCCUGACCUGGCAGCAGGAUGGGGAGGACCUGACCCAGGCCACAGAACAUGUGGAGACCAGGCCUGCAGGAGAUGGGACCUCCCAGAAGCGGGGCGGAGAGGAGCAGAGAUACACGUGCCACGUGCAGCAUGAGGGGCUGCCUGAGCCCCUCACCUUGAGACGGGCUGCUGCCUGAGCCCACCAUCCCCACCAUGGGCAUCAUUGCUGGCCUGGUUCUCCCUGUGGUCACUGGAGCUGUGGUGGUGGGAGCUGUGAUGUGGAGGAAGAAGCACGCAGUGUGAGCCAGUUGCCUUGUGGUGGACUGAGUGAUGCAAGACUUGUUCACACUCCCACUUUUUUGACAUCAAGAGCCUGGGACGUCUCUAUCUGCUAACGGUGUCUGAAUUGUCUGUGUUCCUAUUAGCAUAACGUGAGGUGGGGAAACUGGCCCACCCCCACCCAUCAUGACUCCUCCCCAAACUGACCUGUGCUCUCUUCCCUGAUCUGCUUUCCUGUUCCAGCAGAGACGGGACUGGGUCAUCUCCAUCCCUGUCUUCAUGUUUGGCUGAGACGUAAUAUUUUACUUCGCUAUUGAAAAUCUGGAUAUGAAUUUGUUUUUUUUUUUUGAAGAUUUCAUUUAUUUAUUUGAGAGAUAGAGACAGCCAGCGAGAGAGGGAACACAAGCAGGGGGAGUGGGAGAGGAAGAAGCAGGCUCACAGCAGAGGAGCCUUGAUGUGGGGCUCGAUCCCAGAACGCCGGGAUCAUGCCCUGAGCCGAAGGCAGACGCCCAACCGCUGUGCCACCCAGGCGCCCCUGAAUUUGUGUUUUCUACUCUUGUCAUAUAGAACCGAUGUGGUAAUAAAGGACAAGACUCCUAAAGUUGAGACAGGAAAUAAAUGGAAGCCUGAGAACCUUCCAGAAGCUGCCUGAUUGAUGUGCUAUUGUAGGUGGGACAGGAGAGGCUGUGAGUAGCCAACAGUGGACAGAACUGUGCCUGGUUAGUAUUCAGUGUACUGUGGGCUUUAACAUGGUCACUCCUCAGCUAAGUCAUUUUUGCUAUUCCCUGGUCCCUUCAGUGGAAACUUGUUACACCAGGACCUGUGAUCACAGGGACUCAGACAUCACCUGUCUCUAGGACCAUGGGCAUCAAGAGCUUCCUUGACCAGAUCAGCGUAGGCUCCAGCUUGGAUCAGGCCCUCAGCCCCCAACUUUUGGGUGGGUUUUUUUCUUUGUUUAUAUAGAGAAUUAGGCCUAUUCUUAUUCUUGUGUCCGAGUUCUGGUCUCAUGUUCCUCUGGUGUCCCCCAGUCUGUGACCAUCACAGGGGUCCUAUGGCCUCUCAUUGUUCCCACA